UGUCUCUUGUUAUUAAAGAAGAAUGCUGAAUCCUUCUAUGGAGAAACAACCCCUCUCAGAUAUUCAAAGUCUUCCUCCUGGUUUCAGAUUCUACCCAUCUGAUGAAGAGCUCAUCGUUCAUUAUUUGAAAAAUAAAGUCACUUCAACUCCCCUUCCAGCUUCCAUCAUCGCUGAAAUCAAUUUAUAUAAAUAUAACCCAUGGGAUCUUCCAAAGAAAGCGUUGUCUGGAGAGGAUGAAUGGUAUUUUUUCACCCCCAGAGACAGAAAAUACCCUAACGGAGCUCGGCCUAAUAGAGCUGCAGCUUCAGGUUAUUGGAAGGCUACAGGGACUGAUAAACCGAUUCUUACUUCUUGUGGAAGCAAGAGUAUUGGAGUCAAGAAAGCUCUUGUGUUUUACAAAGGUCGUCCUCCGAAAGGAUUCAAGACAGACUGGAUCAUGCAUGAAUAUCGAUUACUCGAUACCAUGGCUUGGACCCAAAAGCGGAAAGGUUCCAUGAGGUUGGACGAUUGGGUGUUGUGUAGAGUGAGGCAAAAGAUCUGCGGCAACCCAAGGACCAAUUGGGAGGAUAUAUAUGAUCCUGUAAGUGAUCAAGAAGCCAGCUUUCUCCCAAAAAUGAAUGAGCUCUGGCCUGUGAGUACAAACCCUAGAAUGGAGAAUUUGAAAAGCCAUCUAUACGACGAUUGCCCCAUGAUACCUUACAUAUUUGCCUCUCAGGAUAAUUUUCCUUACGUUGACAGCACUACAGCAUCAUGCAUAAGCUUUCAAGAAAGUUUAAACCCCCCAUUUUCAGUUUCUUCUUUUGACAGCUUGUUCAACCCACAGAAAAGAAAGCUCAAUAUGCAAACAACUGAGCUAGAAGAUGAUUCUCCACAGAGUAAGAAAAUGGCUAAUCCGAGAGACGUUGAAAAGGAGGUAAUUAUAAUAUCUGUAAGUAACGAUAGCACGGCUGACAUGAACAUCAAUGAAACAGACCAGUCAGAGGGUGACUAUAAUGUCAGCCAUUAUCAGUGGAACACCAUCAUGCAAUUUCAAGAUCAGCUUCAUAACAUGUCUGGCCUUCACUGA